CUCACGGAACGUUCCGUGAUAUGAAGGGCGUUCCGUGUCUAAAUUCCUAGGUAUUGCAGGCUGCUAAAGCUAAAGUUUGUGCCUCUUUGUUUGUAACUACAGGGUUUGGGAAUACACUUCUCUCUGACACCCAUCAGGCCAGGGAGGGUAACAUAUACAUCACAGCUUGCAGUGCCCGCUUGAUCCGGAGGCGUCAGUCCAGAAGGCUGCAUGUUCGGGCUAACAGCGGCAGUGCCCGAAUUUCCAGGAACAAACUUUGAUUUGGGGAAACAAAACUCGCUGCAUGCUGCUUUUGGCUUCUUUAAAAGGACGUCCAGAACGGACUCUAAGCUGGUCUCUCUUGUUACAGCCGGCGAUGAUGACCCAAAUACCCUCAGAACUGAGAUGUCCUGCGGACAUGCAACUAAUCCAGAUUCACUGACAGGAUGGUGCAGAAGUCUAAUGGAUGAGGGGCUGUAUGUUUUUAAGUGCCCUGCAUUAAAAGAUGGAACGAUGCAAAAAUGCGAGGCUGUCUGGUCUUAUGAUGAAGUCCGAAGGCUGGCAUUGCUGACUGAUGAGGAGCAGGCUGACUUUGAGGAAAAACUUGCAGUUAUGGCUGCUGCCGAGUACUGUGAAUUUAAGCAGUGUCCCGGGUGCAAGACCUUUGUGGAGAGAAAAGAUCUGACCAACCUGAGUGUUCACUGUAUCAUAUGCACAGCUCAAAAGGGAAAUAGUUAUGACUUCUGCUGGCAGUGCCUGAAGGUGUGGAAGGGACCAGCACCGCGAUCUGACCGAUGUGACAAUGAAGGAUGUACCAACCAGGAACUCGAUGCCCUGCAGUCCUGCCCAAUCAUUAGUCUGCCUGACACAACAAUAAAGGACUGCCCCCAAAUCCGUGCUUGUCCUACUUGUGGGAAACUCGUUGAACACAAUCAGAAAUUUUGCAAAAACAUCCGCUGUAGGAGGUGCCAGGUCGAGUUUUGCUUUGCCUGCCUGGAGACGAAAGCCGUGUGUAAGGAAACUGGCGGUGAAUAUUAUGGCCUCUGUGCCAAACCGGUAGCUCCAAGGCAAAUGAGCAUUCCAGUUUGGAGCAGACGUGAUACAUAAAAGAACACUUCAUGUGCGCUCAUUUGAGUUUUUAUCAGGAUCUAUCAAAGAAGUGGCAAAGUGACCCUUAGUAGUAAUAAAUGCUGUGUUCUGACUUUCAUUAUAAAAAUCUCAUUAAUCUAAACAUUUACGCUUUAGAGUUGAGAGUUUUAGUAAAAAUGCUGGGUGUUUAAAAAUAUGAUUUGUUUUCAAUCCUAUUUUUGUAAAAUUGAUCAAUUUGUAUGGAA